AUGGACUCUUCUGAAUAUUUCGAAGAAAGAGAUAUCGAUGAAUUUAUCUAUGAUUUAGAAAGGGAUGUUUAUACUUUUCCUUGUCCUUGUGGGGAUUACUUUACUAUUACUGGAGAAGAACUUGAGAAUGGAGAAGAAGCUGCUCGGUGUCCUUCUUGUUCGUUAGUCAUUCGGGUUUUGCAUUAG